AUCAACUAUUUGACAAAGUUGGUUGUCAACAGUAUAAAUACAUCAGCAAAUUAUUGAGUAAAGCAUCAAAAGCAUUUUAGUCGCAAAAGCUUUAACAACUCAAAUCAAAAUGUUCAAAUUUGUCUUUGUCCUUAUUGCUGCCUUGUUUGCCGUCAGCAUGGCCUCUCCUUCUCCCUUGCCAGCUCCAGCUCCUAGACCAGUAGCUAGUCCUGAACCUGCUCCCCAAUUCUACACUCCUUAUGCCUACAGCGGUGGUUACUACGCUUCUCCUUAUGCCUACUACGGUUAAAUCGUUGAUGCCCUUAAUACCAUCUGUGGCAUCGAAGUAGUAGUGUUAAAUAUUUAGGGGACUAGUCACAGAGUAGUCUCUUUUGUACACUACUAUGGAUUACGGGUUUUGACUAUUAAGCACGCUAAUGGAGAAUUUGUUUAAUAUGCACGCUGGCAUAUGAAUUUUUGUUAAGUUUAUUUUUCUUUCUCUCUUUUCUGUGAAUUCUUUAAUUUUUGUUUUAAUAAAAUUUUGCAUAAAAAAUUGUAA